AGGUACUUGUGGCUCACAAUGGCGGCCUCCUUGUCCGGGAAGAAGAUCGUGUUUGUCACGGGGAACGCCAAGAAGCUGGAGGAGGUCAUUCAGAUUCUAGGAGAUAAGUUUCCAUGCACUUUGGUGGCACAGAAGAUUGACCUGCCAGAGUACCAAGGAGAGCCUGAUGAGAUUUCCAUUCGGAAGUGUCAGGAGGCAGCUCGCCAGGUGCAGGGCCCUGUACUGGUGGAGGACACCUGUCUGUGCUUCAACGCCCUUGGGGGCCUCCCUGGCCCCUACAUAAAGUGGUUUCUGGAGAAGUUAAAGCCUGAAGGUCUCCACCAGCUCCUGGCUGGGUUCCAAGACAAGUCGGCCUAUGCACUCUGCACGUUCGCGCUCAGCACUGGGGACCCCAGCGAGCCUGUGCGCCUCUUCAGGGGCCGGACCUCGCACCUGGCAACCACCAUUCUACUUUGUGUUGCUAAGAGUUCGGCUACCUCAGAUACAUCAUAUAAGUGGAAUCCUGCAGUGUUUGUUUUUUUGUGACUGGCUUAUCUCACUUAGCAUAAUGUCCUCAAGUUUCAUCCAUGUUGUAGCAUGUGAUAGGAUCUCCUUUUUUAAGACUGAAUAAUAUUCCAUUGUAUAUAUAUACCACUUUUUCCUUUAUCCGUUUACAGGCAUACCUCGUUUUAUUGAGCUUCACAGAUAUUAUGUUUUUACAAAUUGAAAGUUUGUGGCAAUCCUGCAUUGUCAGAUGAUGGUUAGCAUUUUUAGCAAUUAAGUAUUUUUAAAUUAAGGUAUGUACACUAUUUUUUAGACAUAAUGCUAUUGCACACUUAAUAGAUUACAAUAUAGUGUAAACAUAACUUUUAUAUGCAGUAGGAAACCAAAAAAUUCAUGUGACUUGCUUUAUUGCGAUAAUUGCUUAAUUUCAGUGGUCUGGAACUGAACCCACAAUAUCUCCAAGGUCUGCCUGUAUUCAUUGAUGAACACUUGCGUGGCUUCCACUUUUUGGCUUGUUCAUAAUGCUGCUAUGAACGUGGGUGUGCAAAUAUCUCUUCAAGAUCCUGUUUUCAUUCUUUUGGGUAUAUAUCCAGAAAUGGGAUUGCUGGAUCAUAUUGCCUGGUUACAUUUUUAACAGUUAGUUUUAGUGGUCUGCUACUUUCACAGAAAUGUUCUCUCAAAAAUCAAAAGUAUGAACAACCACAGGCCCAACUUCCUGCGCCAUGACUGACUAGCAGCUAUGCUGCUGAUGGGGCCUGAUCACUUUCAUCCGACCAUUCCCUAUUGUCUCCCCAGCUUGGGCUGCUCUUUGUACUUUGUUGCUGCCAGCCCUGACUUUAACUGAGGUAGCCUUGUUUCUCCUUGUUCUGUUCUCCCCUGUGCUUUCGAAAAAACCCUAGCCACAUUGUCCUUUCAGCAGUGCGUAUGAUAAGCCUUUUCCAUCUCUGGACCUCAGCACAGCUGUGUCCUCCACCUAGAAUGUUCUUGCCCUAGUCCUUUAUGUGGCCAAAGUGUCCCCUCCUCACUGAGGCCUUCCCUGAGCUCCCCAUCUUGUUAUUCUUGAGCCCAUCUCCCAGUGUGUUGCCUCUAAGACACUUUGCAUUUGGUAAUCAUUAAUGUGUUUACUGAUGUAAUGCUUGUUUUGCUUAAGAGUUCCAUUCUGUGAAGGCAAGGCUACGAUUUUCUGUUUUCCUGGUGCCUGCUUCGCUGAGGUGUUCAAAAAACAGUUGUUGCAUGGGUGAAGUUCAGAGUGGUUCAGUAACUGGCCUCAGUCACACAGCUCCCCAUUAGCAGAAGCAGAAUUUACCUUUGGUCUGAAUGACUUGGAAUUUAUAUGGCUAAUCCCCAUCCUCUACUACCUCCCUUGUAUUUUAUAAGUUGUUUGUUUUUUUUUUUUU